UCCGCGACCUUGUGCCCCCAUCAGCUAAACCCUAGCUACCGCUGCGCUGCGCCUCAUGGAGAUGGCGAUGGGAAUGGAGGCAGGUGAUCCUCCCGGAGCGGGCGAAGAUGGAGGAGGCGUCGACGUCAUCAGCGACCUCCCCGACGACCUCCUCGGUGAGAUCAUCACCCUUCUCCCCACCAAGGACGCCGUCCGCACCCAGAUCCUCGCCCCCCGGUGGCGCCACCUCUGGUGCUCCGCCCCUCUCAACCUCGACUGCCGCGGCCUUGUCAAGCGUCGGCUUCAACUCCCCGGCGUCGUAUCACGCAUCCUUACCUCGCACCCAGGGCCCGGCCGACGCUUCUGGGUCGACAUACGCGACUUCAUGCGCAUAGAUGCUACAAAGGACGAGUUGCUCCGCAUGAACGCUGCCGUGGACCAGUGGCUCCGAUCAGCCGCCCUCCGCAAUCUACAAGAGCUUGGUGUAUCUUUAUCCCGCCACCUAGUUUAUCCAAUGGCGUCAUACAUCUCCCGCCUCUCGACCACCCUCCGUGUUGCCACCAUUGCAAACUGCAACCUCCAUGACAGCACCGUUCAAGGGCUUCGGUUCCCCCAGCUUAAGCAGCUCGCGCUUGAAAGCGUCAGAAUCUCCCAGUGUUCGCUGCACCACAUGAUCGCCGGGUGUCCAGCUCUCGAGUGCUUGCUGAUUAGCUGCAGCUAUGGCUUCCGUUGCGUCCGGAUCAACUCCCUUAGCCUUACAAGCAUAGGUGUGCAUGUUAGGUGUAUAUGGUACAAGGAGCUCAAGCUCGAGGAACUCGUCGUUGAGAAUGCCCCAUGUCUUAAGAGGCUGCUCCACCUUGAUGAAAAUGAUCAUGCUGACCACCUCCAUAUAUCGGUGAUCUCCGCACCUAAACUGGAGACCCUGCGAUACCUUUCCAACUUCACCAAAAUCUCGUUUGGCUCAGCGGUUAUUCAGGGAUUGUGCGUUGAUAGCCUCACGGCGGUGGUGCGGACUGUCAAGAUUUUGGCUGUUGAUAUGCAUGUUCUUAGUUUGGAUGCGGUGAUUCAAUUGAUGGGAUUCUUUCCGUGCCUGGAGAAGUUAUACAUCGAGUGCUCUUUUCACUCAUUUCAAUCAGGGCCAACAAAUGUGUGGCGUCUCCUCAAGAAGCAGAAGCUUAUCAGAUAUCUUGACAUCCCUCUCAAGACAAUUGUGUUGGAACACUAUCGGGGCACCAAGUCACAAGUUAGCUUUCUGACAUUCUUUGUAUUGCAUGCGAGAUUGCUAGAGGUGAUGACACUUGGCAUCAGAACCACGGACAACUCUGAGGAGUUCUUGGCAGAACAACGCAGGAAGCUUCAGCUAGAGAACAGGGUUUCCACAGAUGCUCGGUUUUAUUUUACGACUGACAGAUACAUACGCAAUUAUUGGUAUAUCACUACUUCCGUAAACUGGAUUUAA